AUGAAUUUCAGCGUCGAGGAUGUCGAAGAUCGUGAUGGUACUCGUUUGUCAUGGAACGUAUGGCCCGGGUCAAGACUAGAAAGUACUAGAACGGUGGUCCCAAUCGCAGCUCUCUACACUCCUCUCAAGCAACGGGACGACCUUCCCCCUGUCCUUUACGAACCUGUGACCUGCAAGCCACCCUGUCGAGCGAUUCUCAAUCCUUACUGCCAAAUCGAUGUUCGCGGCAAGCUAUGGAUCUGUCCCUUCUGUCUACAACGCAACGCCUUUCCACCGCACUACAAAGACAUUUCUACUACCAAUUUACCUGCUGAGCUCCUGCCCAAGUAUACUACAAUCGAGUAUACGUUAAAUCGACCUGCCCAGAUCCCCCCGAUCUUCCUUUAUGUGGUGGACACCUGUUUAGAUGAAGAAGACCUGAAAGCAUUGAGAGCCGAACUCGUCAUCAGUUUGAGUCUUUUACCUCCAACUGCCUUGGUUGGCUUGAUUACUUUUGGUACGAUGACUCAAGUCCAUGAGUUGGGUUACGCGGAAUGUCCCAAAUCAUUUGUCUUCAGAGGCACCAAGGAUUAUUCGCCCAAGCAGAUCCAGGACAUGCUCGGACUCGGGGGCCAAGCGAUGAAUCGGGCUCCGAAUGCUCCUAUGCCAGCUCCAUCUCAACAGGGAACCACCCGGUUCUUACUACCAGUUCAACAGGUCGAGUUUUCACUCACUGGAAUACUCGAACAGCUUCAGCGUGACCCAUGGCCAGUUGCCAAUGACAAGCGUCCGCAGCGCUGCACUGGUGUGGCCGUCAGCGUGGCAGUUGGCUUAUUGGAGUCAUUCCAAAAGCUUUUCGAAAAGGACGAUGACGGACAAUUGAAGAUGGGAUUCAACGCGACCUUUGACGUCCAAACCACAAAAGAGUUGAAAGUUUCUGGUCUGAUUGGGCAUGCCGUAUCCGCCAACAAAAAGUCGGGCUGCGAAGAACCAAGUAGUUUCCGUUUGGCGGAUGGGUUCAGCAUCUAUCCUCAGUUUAUGUUCCACCUAAGGAGAAGUCAAUUCCUUCAAGUCUUCAACAACUCACCUGAUGAAACAGCAUUUUACCGCCAUAUCCUCAAUGCGGAAGAUGUCAAUAACUCACUUGUCGCCAUUCAACCUACACUGAUGUCGUAUGGCCUGGACUCUGAACCAUCUCCAGUUCUACUAGAUUCAGUUUCAAUUCAAGACAACACGAUUCUUCUGCUCGACACAUUCUUUCAUAUCUUGAUUUUCCAUGGUGCGACUAUUGCCCAAUGGCGCAAAGCGGGUUAUCACGAACAAGAGGAUUAUGCAAACUUGAAAGAACUUUUACAAAGGCCUAAAGAUGAUGCGGCGGAUUUGUUAUCCGAUCGAUUUCCAGUACCUCGGUAUAUCGUGUGUGAUCAAAAUGGAUCUCAGGCUAGAUUCUUGUUGUCCAAAUUGAAUCCGUCGACAACUCAUGCCAGUGGGGGUGGAAUGUAUGGCCAACAGUCGGGAGGUAGCAUGAUUUUCACAGACGAUGUCUCCUUACAGAUCUUCAUGGAACACCUUAAAAAAUUGGCAGUCAGUGGAUCAAAUUGA